AUGCCGCACUCAUUCGGUUACCGGGCGCGUACGCGCGACAUGUUCAAGCGGGGCUUCAAGAAGCAUGGUCCUAUCAAGUUGUCGACAUACCUCGUUACCUAUCGCGUCGGAGACAUCGUAGAUAUUAAGGCGAACGCUGCGCAGCAAAAGGGGAUGCCCCACAAAUACUACCACGGUCGGACUGGUAUUGUGUACAACGUCACACCAAACGCUGUCGGUGUUAUCGUCAACAAGGUCGUCGGCAACCGCUACAUCGAGAAGCGUGUUAACAUCCGAGUGGAGCACAUCCGGCACUCGAAGUGCAGGCAGGAGUUCUUGGACCGGGUGCAGAAGAACCACGAUGAGCACGUAGCGGCGCGUGAGCGGGGUGAGCGGGUUACCCUGAAGCGUAGUCCUGUCCUUCCCCGCGGCGCGCAAACCAUAUCUACCAGCGGCAACGAGCCCCAGACGAUGGUGCCCGUACGCUACGAGACGACCAUUUAA